GGGUGGUCUUAGCUAAGACUUCUCUAACCUAGCCUCCUCUCAUUCACUCUCUGAUUCACUAUCGCUUCUUCGGUCUCUCUCGCCGCUAUCUUCUUCUCAACGUCAUCAGCAGAUAUGGAUGGAAGAAAUCUGUUGUUGGAACUGUGGCAUUUAGAGAAUGUGUCUGCUUGUACAAUCCUUGUGUUUCUGAUGUUGAAAUUGAGGCAAAGACGAGAUCAACGAAUGGCUUUAGAUAAUCGAUCAUUUGUUAGAUGUGAGACUCGGUUGAUUUAUCUAGAUAGUACAAUAGGCAAUAGCAAUGAUGCAUGGGAUAUGUAUGUUCAGGACUGUGCCAAUGGAAGAGGAGCUGAAGCCCCUACUGAUUUGGCGGAUGUGCAAAGCAAUAAUGAUAUCAAUCUUGAGAAUCUGGUUAAUGAGAAUAACGUAAGUCCUGGGUCACUUAACCAAGAAUGUAGCCAAUCUGAAGGUAGUAGGAAGAGGAAGAGAGUUGAUGAGACUGAUAAGAUUGUUGUAGCUUUGGAGAAAUUAUUUGAAGAAUCCGGAAAGAGGAUGCAAAUGGUAACUGAGGCCAUAUUGAAGGGUAAUGAAGAUCGCUCUGACAUUGCCAAAGAAUUGAAGAACAUGGGUUUAUCUGUUGAUGAUCAAAUUGCUACAUUAAGAAUCAUCCUAGAGAGACCACAAAACAUCUCUAUCUUCAAGUCAUUGGAUGAUGAGGUUAAAGCAGUAUUUGUUCAGAACUUGCUUAUGGGCAAUAGAUAGGCAAGGAUUGUUCUAAAAGCCACAAGUAGAUUGAUGACUAACACUGAUUUUUUGAUCAUGAACCUUUAACAUCAGUGAAAUGUUUUAACUAUUAUUUUGAUUGUGGUGGCUCUUAUGUAAGAACUGAUGAACACAUGGGUAUGUUUAGAGCAGCAAGUAUUCAUAUCUUUUUGUUGCUUCCCUGCUGUUUUAUAAUGAACACAUGAGUAUUAAGCUUAAAUGUGAGUUUUGCUUAUGUUUUUUUCCUCUC